AUGCACAAUGGAAAUUUGUCGAUCCAGGCAGUGCCAUCGUCGUUGGUAAGCUCCGCCGAUGGCGUCGCCGGGGCCGUCAUCCGCUCCGGGCGCCGGCGAGCGGCCGCCGCCUCCAACGCCGGCGUGCUGCCCCCGGACCUGCUGUUCGACGUCCUGCUGCGGCUGCCCGCCAAGGAGCUCUGCCGCUUCCGCGCCGUCUGCCGCUCCUGGCGCUCCCUCACCUCCGACCCGCUCUUCGCCGGCGCGCACGCGGCGCGCCGCCCGCUCUUCCUGGCCAAUUUCAAGCGCGACAAGGCGGGCGUCCAUCUCGUGGAUCUGUCCGGCAACGUGGUGAAGGUGAUCCCCAACCCGGAUGGCCACGACCUGCUCCCCACGCGCCUCGAUCUGGCCUGCACGGCGACGGUGACCAACAUCUGCCGCGUGCUCGAUCCGGCUACCGGAAUUGUUCGCGUCCUGCCGGAGAGCCCGGCGGCUGUUCAUUUGAAGGAAGAGAAUUUCCGCCAUCGAUACACCGAUUUCGCAUUUGGGAGGAUUGCCACUACUGGAGAGUACAAGGUGCGGAUUUUCAACUGCAAAUCCAUCUUUGCCAAUUACGAGCACCAGCUAUUUGAGGUGCUUACCAUCAAUGGUGCUUCCACUUCCGGUUCUGUUCAUGCGUUGUGGAGGGCAAGGCGGGCUAGGCGGAGCCAUGACCACUAUGUUUGGGGGAGCAGUGCCAUCGUUGUUGGUGAGGUGGUCUACUUCAAGUUGGAUAGUAUAAACCACACUCUGAUUGAAGCUGGUGUCGACCCUGGCAUCAAUCCAGACUGCAUCAUUUCGUUUGACCUUGAGAGUGAGGAAUGGAGGGAUGUUAUCCGGGGGCCAAUAGGUGACAUCAUUUCUACAGAUGAGUAUGAUUUGAAGGACUACUAUGCCCUUUGGUUUCUUAUUACUUUAGCUGAUCUGAGAGGCUCUGUAGCUCUUGUGCACUACCACAAGUACCAGCUGGUCACAGACCUCUGGCUUCUGAAAGACAUUGACAAUGGUGUCUGGGUGAAAGAGUAUAGGAUUCAGAUUGAACCUAUUUUCCCAAUUACUGAGUGGCAUGUAAAGGCAUUGUUUAUGCUAGAUGAUGGAAGGAUAGUCAUCCAUUUCCCAAUAACUGGAUUUCUGUUCAUCUAUGAUCCAAGAACCAACACUUCUGCACAAGUGGAGAUGAAACUUCUUGAUGCGCUUGCGAUGUACACUGGAAAUCUGCUGACUUUACAAGUUGGUGGCAUGGUGUUGUGUUAUGACUUGCUGCUAGUUGCUACUCUGUUUUUCAUGUGCUAA